AUGCUUGGUGCCGGCCAGCUGGUCAGUGAAUGGCUCAGUGCUGAAGAAAUUGCGCCGCACGUUCAACUUGGUGACCUACUCGAGUUUAGAAGAGUAGCAAGUAUAGGAGGUGCUCCACGGGCCAUAUACGCGCAUUGGGCAGUUUACAUAGGACGUCAUGAAGAUGUUCCACUUGUUGUUCAUCUCUCCGGUGGCGAUGGAGAUUUUGAUAAAAUUAAGUGGAAGCACGUUGGACUCGCUCAGCAGUGGGUGCGUUGUGACCCAUUGAUAGCAGUGGCUGGUGAAAAUCUGGUGCGAAUCAACAAUGCCCAUGACAUUGAUCACCAGCCAUUUCCUCCGAGGAUAGUUGUAGAACGAGCCACAUUGCAGCUCGUGUCAAUAGCCAUUUCGCUAGAGUUGAAAUCUCCAACACCCGAGCUAAAAAGAAUAUCUUUCCAUGUAGUUCUGUCUUGCUCUACUCGGAGUACUACCUCAUGUUUUGAUAACGUCGCCUUUCAGGCUGUCGCUGUGAAGAGUAUAAUACUGGGUUCUGCCUUAUCCGCCGUUGGUGCCCCUCCAGCACUCGCGAUUGGUGCGGGUUUUGCUUUUCUAACCUUUGCGACCCCUGUGUCGAAAUUAAUCAAUCGCUACUAUGGAUCGAACUUUUCUUUGUUCUAA